AUGCUACAAAUAGCCAGAAAUCUAAUCAAACACACUCAUUUAUUUAAAAUUAGUAAAAUGCCUCCAAAAAUAAGUAUUUUUUGUGCUUUAAAUUCAAAAGCUACUGAUUCUAAUUCAAAUGAGAAUGUAUAGAAGGAGAAUAAGAGCAAAAGCUAAAAUUUAAAGGAAGCAUCUAAACUAAAAAAUGAGAAAAAAAGCAAUCCAAAAAUAUUGAAAUAAUAAACUCUCAAAUUAGUAGAUAAGAAAGGAUAAAUAGUUGAUUUAACAUAAAAGAAGUUAGACUUGGGUGAUGGAAUAUUUUCAUAGGAUAAAUUGAAAAUCUCUAGUUGGAACAUUAAUGGACUUAGAGCUUCAUCUAAAAAAGAAAGUGCAGUAUCAUAUUUAAAUGAUAAGAAUUUUGACAUCAUUUGUUUAAAUGAAUUAAAGGUUGCUCAAGAAGCAUUUGAAAAAGAAAAUUUAAUUACUAAAUUACCUAAAGAUUAUUUUGCUUACCUAAAUUUUUGUAAAAUCAAGGCAGGAUACAGCGGUGUCGCUAUAUUAUCUAAAGUGAAACCCAUUUCAAUAAAAUACGACAUGGGAAUAGAGAAGCAUGACUAAGAAGGAAGAAUCAUUACAGCUGAAUUUGAGAAAUUCAAUCUAGUGGCAUGUUAUGUUCCUAAUUCUGGGGAUAAGUUGGAUAGACUGAAUUAUAGAACUUAAGAAUGGGAUGUUGACUUUUAAAACUAUCUUGAUAAAUUAAAGUAGACCAAGAACACUAUUAUAUGUGGAGAUCUAAAUGUAUCUCAUACAGAAAUAGAUUUAGCCAAUCCUGAGGGAAAUAAAAGAAGUGCAGGGUAAUUGAUUAUCUACGAUUAAAGGUUUACUUAGGAGGAGAGGGAUUCAUUUUCAAAGUUUCUGUCGAAAGGGUGGAUUGAUACAUUCAGACACUUACAUCCAAAAGAGAUUAAAUAUAGUUAUUUUAGUCCACGAUUCAAUUCAAGGGAGACCAACAAGGGAUGGAGAAUCGAUUAUUUUGUAGUUAAUCAAGAAGCUGUUGGUUCAGUUAUACAAUCGGAUAUUAAAACUACAAUUCUAGGAAGUGAUCAUGUUCCUAUUGAAUGCGACAUCGACCUCACCAAAUUGUGA